ACGGCCGGCGGACGGAUCUUUCCCUCUCCCGUGCUGUCUAUCCUUGAAGACUAAGUCGUGUUGCUUGAGCACGUCUUUCCCUGGCCUCUGCUCUCUUCUCACCUCAUCCCUCCCGGAUCCCUCCACCUCCCUCCCUCAGCAUGAUGCGCCUCCUGCCCGGCCUCUCUAUCCUCCUUGCAGCAUCAACAGUCACCUCUCAGUUCACUGGAGGCGCCAUAACCAUCGGGGCAGACGUGCCUGACAUCCCCCCUGCAGCAGCGCUGCCGACUGGAUGCACAUGGGCAGACAGUGCUGUCGACGGCGGUCUUACCGCCACACUGGACGGCAAGAAUGUCACCUCGACUGCUCGCGCGUGCCAGGCGGCCUGUCAGAGUGACCCGGAAUGUGACUACUUCACGCUAUCGACUUCGGAGGGCGGGGAGAGGUCGUGCAGGCUGUAUGAGGGGAGGGGUGCUGUGCGGGUGGCGUCCACUGAGGCAACGACGGGGCCGCGGACGUGCAGUGAGCAGACACGCAUUGACAGAUACACGCAGGAAACUUGCUCACCAUUGUCGUGUGUGCGUGUGUCCGUGUGUCCGUGUGUGUGUAGGUUCUGAGUGCUCGGUUCUCUACGAUGAGGACUGCAGCCAGACGCGGUGCUGCGCCCACCCAGAGGCUGUCUGCGUCGAGAUGGACAAGGUAACAAGAUGAUGGUAGAGAUGGCCUGUUCACCAUCUUCUUGUGUGUCCGUUGUGUCCGUUUCGAUCGAUCAGGGCAACGCCCAGUGCCGGAUGCUUGAUGACCCCUGCCCUCCGCCAGAGUCAUCCUCACAGUGGACAUGCAACAUACUCGGUCAGCGGCAGCCAGCAGACACACGUUCCGCACAAGUGGCUUCUGCUCACCGGGUGUUUGUGCUGUCCAUCCACAGACAGCCCCUCCCUGUCUUGCUUCGAGGCCAACAUCGGCUACGGUGAGGACCAGUUGCUGGACAUCCAGGGCGCGUCCGACAUCCCAUCGGCCGCUGAGUGCCAGCAGCUCUGCGCCGCGACAGAGGAGUGCAAAGGCUUCACCUUCUCGUUCCAAGACCGUGGGUCGUGCUUCCUAAAGAAGGGCAGCGCUCCCAAGCUGGUCGGGGAGGGGCUCGUGAGCGGACCGCAGCGGUGCUUGCCUGACGAGCUGCCGAUACUGAGCCAAUUGCUUGGCGAAUACUCGGUGAGAGCGCAAUGGUGAUGGGCAUUCUUGUUGUGACGCUGUGUGUGUCUGCGGCAGGACCUGACGACGUUUGUCGAUGCGGUCAGGGCUGAGCUUCGCGACGUGUGGGAGAGGAUGGUCGAGGCGGAAGAUGAUGGCUCACCCCUGACCAUCCUGGCCCCCACCAACACCGCCUUCGCGUCGGUGGAUCUCGCAGCCGCCGAUGAAUCACUCAGACAGGUCAGCAGGCGGCAGUGAGGCCAACAUCACCGGAGCAGAGCACAUGUCUGAUUCCUGUGCUCCUUUUCCUUUUCCAGAUUCUCUUACAUCACAUCAUUUCUGCGGAGCCGGCCCUCCUGUCUGCUGACGUGCAGCCCUCCACCAGUCCGUCGACGGUCGAUUCCAUGGCUGAGAGGCCCCUCUCCUUCUCCCGCUAUGUCAACGGCUCGCUCUACGUCGACAGUGCACGGGUCCUGACGCCCGAUGUCCGGGCCAAGAAUGGAGCGCUGCAUCUUGUCGAUCGCGUGAUCGUGCCGCAGGCAAUGACCAUCGGUGAGCGAAGAUAUGCCACACCUGUCGACCGCAUUCACGUCACUCGCUGUCCCCCCCCUUUUGUUUUUCUUUGUCAGAUUUGUCGGACCCCCCUGUCACUUUUGGAGAGGCAGCGACACAGACGGAGAGCAAUGACUUGGUGGCCCCCAGCACAGGCAAGGCCAGCGACUCCCUGAUCGAGGGUGUUGUGGCGGAAGAAGAGGCCGCCUCCCCCGCACCCGUUGAAGAUGACGGUGACGACACCUCCCCAGCCCCCGACACCGAUGAAGGUGACGACACUACCCCCGCCCCUGCGGACGAUGAAACGGACACAGACAGAUAUGCCGCAGCCGUCCCGCCCGCCCCACCAGCAGCAGCAGCAGCAGCGGCAGCAGUAGCGGAAGUGGAGGCCAUCGAUCCUGACGACAAGGACAUCAUCGAGUUCCAUGACGAUGACGAACAGCCAGAGCCACAGCCCCAGCCACCAUCCCCCUCCUGCCAGGAUGCCUCCAAUGCGAGGGCCGUCCUGGGGAUGGAGUGUGCGGACGCCGUGGCGAGGCUGGGGUGCGACUACCGCGUGACGACAGUGCCGCCCUCGAUCAGGGGGGUGGUCAGCGACCUCCCGCCACUCCUCUCCAGCACUCGUGUCAGCACGGUGUGUCGGUCCAGCUGCAGUGCGUGUGAUGGUGACACUGAUGGCGGCCGGCGGAGUGCGGCCGAGAUGAUGCGGGAGGCUGCUGAGGGAGAGGUUGAGGUGCUGCAAGUGAGGAUCACCGAGCUCAGCCUGAGAGACCUGGUCAGCAGCUGUGCUUGCACCAUGCACAGGACGAAUCUGAUUGUCAUUGUUCGUGUGUGUGUGUGUGUGUCGUGUUGUGUCGUGGCUGUGCAGACAGGCCAUCGUGAGGUCAUUGAGGCGUUCAAGAGUGUGCUCGCGGACGCCCUCGCGCAGAGUCUCAACGUGCGGACCACCGACAUGGAGAUCAUCCAGCUCCUCGGCGAAGACGCCAUUAUCGCCCGCUUCACGUACAACCACGCACGAAAACACGUGUCCGGCCCAUCCACAUGUGGGUGUGUGUAGGGUUGCGUCGAGUGCGUUGGCGGAAAGGUUCGAGGGCAGCCGCGUGAAGCUGCGCACCGCAUGGAUGGAUAUGGUGCAGAACCCCUCCUCCCCCUUCAGACGACAGUUCGCCAUCGACGGGGCGUACCCCCCGUUCUCCAUCAUAACGACCCCCGAGCUGCCACCCUCCAACCAAGACAUUCAGGAGGUCACUUUGCCCAAAACAACCCCAGGACAGCCCAAGGACGAGCAGACAGACGGUAUAGGCCCCACCCACACCCACACCCACACCAACACGCACACAAGCCCGUGAACAUUGUUUGUCUUAUCUUCACGUGCCAUGCUUUGCAGCCGUCCCGGACCAAGCUGACGAGACGGGCGUCAUCGACGGCAACCGCAGCCCCGGCAGCAUGGCAGACGCAGCAUCAGUCGACAGCAAAAGCGCUGCUGCCGGUGGCGGGAAGGACAACAGCGUGGUGCCCCUGUGGGCGUGGGUGCUGGUGGGCGCCGGUGCGGCCCUCCUGCUGCUGACCAUCCCCAUGUGUCUGCUGUCGGCAGCCAAAAGGAGAAAGGGCGUCAAGGGCAAGAGGAGGGGCGGGGUGUAUGAAGCGAGGGCUCCUGCCACGACGCCGUGCAGCGACCAUAUGGAUGGGGGGUAUCACCAUGAUGGCCAUGUGGACGAGAGCCCCCGAGGCAGCUCGUGCACGGCUGACACGGCGACACACCCUGGCAACGUCAUGGUGUGAGGAUGAAUGAGGGCGGCAAGGCUGUCUAUCAGCCUGUGGCUGGGUAGCUGGACACACGAGGGAGUUGAUGGUGUCACUGGUCUGAAUCGCACGUGUCAUGUCUCUUUGUCAACUGCUGCCUGGGUUUGUUGUGUGUGUGUGUGCAUUAUGUUGUGUGUGUGUGUGAGUGUGCAGAGGGGGGGCGGCAUCCAUCUACCCGUCUGCCCGUCUAGCGCUGCUGACUGGCUCGUCUGUGUCUGCCUGCCUGCCUAAGCGUGUGUGAGAAUUACAG